UCUUCAUCAUGAAACUUAUUGAAGAAAUAAUCGAUCUUCCUAUCUCGACUACUAAGCAGCAGCCAUCACCUAUUCAUAGUAGUAGUAAUAAUAAAGUAGUUGUAACACUCAUUACAGAUAAUAUCAUAACACCUACAAUAAUAAUUCCUUAUUCUAAACAACAACAGAAACAAAUAUCAAACAGUAAUAAUAAUGAUAUAAUCUUCACGUCUCCAGCUGCUACUAAACCUGUUUGUCAAAAUAAAGAAAUACUAAAGCACUCUAAAGAAGAUGAUCGCAUCCUAUCAAAGACAAUAUAUAAAGAUUGGCCAGAUACUCAUUAUGAGCAAAAAUUAAUAGCAACAAAGUUGAAAAAAAAACGGUCAUCUUUGUUAUCUCAUGUUUCGUAUGACGUAAAUGAAGCUUCUACAAACAUGAAAAGUAAAGAAGAAGAAGAAGAAGAAGACAAUGAUGAAGAUGAAGAACCACCUUUAACACCUACAUCAAAAGAAGAUUUGAAUGGUAUAUAUGAACAUCAAUCAUUACUACCCCCUUCUUUUCAUUAUAAAGAGCCGUCUACUCCUAUUCCUUCCAAGAAGUAUGAUACAAUACAAUCAAAUGUAAUAAUACAAAAGGAGAUGUUUCACCAUUCAAAACAGAUCAUAGUAGAAGAAGAAGAAGAAGGAAAGAAAAGGAAACAGAAGCAGAAUAGAUCAUCAUGGCUCAGUAGCCUAUUUCAAGAUUUAAAAAAGAAUAGUCAUUCUGUAAAAUCUUUAUUAUUUCCUAAAGAGAAUAAAAAGAAAAGGACAUCCUUAGUACAACAACGAAAACCAAAUAUAGAUCAUAAUACACUGUAUCAAUUAUCCUAUCUGAAGCUUUCUAAUCCACGUCGACCUCUUUAUCAACAAGUCAUGAUAUCCAAUAUAAUCUAUCGACUUGUCUCUCUGUUAUCUUCGUCGUCUUUGUCGUUUUCGUCGUCUUCGUCGUCUUCGUCUUCUUCGUCUUCACCUUCGCUUUCUUCUUCUUUAAUCACUCUGUCAAAUCAUAGUCAUCCUUCAUAUCAACGAGUUACUGCUUAUUCCAAUGAGUACCAUCAUCAACCUUAUGUGAUACCUUCAUCUCUUUUAUUUUCGAACCUUGAUCAAGAUCACACAACGUUUGUUAUUGAAAAAGGAAAAAGACAAGAGAGUGUAGCCAACAAGAACAAGAAAUAUAAACCAAUUAGGAAUACUGAUUAUAAUCCUUUGUUGGUCCAAGGCAAUGGGAUGUAAAUGUUUCAAGAUGAUAACCAUUUUUUUUUUUUUUUGUAUAUAAUAAUGUAAUAGAAUAAAGAAGGAAAAAAAAAAGAUAUGUGUGUGUAUGUAAUAAAUACUAUGAUUUUGGAUUCAGGCGCGGUACUUUAAAGAACGUCCCCAUCUCUCUCUCUCUCUCUCUCUUUAAC